AUGCAACAAUCACUUGAUUUAUCAAAUAAUCGUCAAAUAGAACCAGUACCAAUAUCAGUUAUAGUAACGAGAACAACUUCAACCGGUGAAAAUGUCUGUGAGUCAAAUAGAAAUGAAAUACGAGCAUUUGAUAAUGGUAUACGUAAAAAAUAUAAUGGUCAAGCAUGGCAUCGUCUUUGUUCACUGGCAACAUGUGAUCGAUAUAGUCAAGGGAAUAAAUAUCAUUUAUGUUACAAUCAUUUUAUUGAACAAAUACAAAUGAAAACGAAUGAUGAUAAUACAAAAGAAAAUGAACAACAUUAUGUUCGAAGUGUCACUGAUGUUAUAACUAAGCUCAAACGUAAAAACCGAAAGAAUGUUGUAGAACCGGUGGCGAAACGGCGAGCAAAAACAUUAGUUGAUUCAACUGAACAUUUUAGAAACAAUAAUAAUCAUGUUUUAGGAUCGAAAACAGUAGAAAGCAACAAAAUGUUUGAAAGGCCAUUUAUCUUUAAACCUAAAUCACAUUUGAUAAAAUCCUUAAGCAUAUCAUCAACAAAUACAUUAGUGAGUAAAUCAGUCGACGCGCAUUUUGGAAAUCGUCAACGCACAGAACCGAAAUUUUUAUUAAAACAAUCACCAGCGCCGUUACCGGUGUGUAGAUCUUUAUCCAAAACAAAAAGAGAUACCAAACACGAAGAAUCUAAUAAUGCCACAUCACAAGGCUAUUUUGAAGGAAAUAAACGAAAUCCAUAUGCUUCGUACAAUGAAAAGAAAAUAUUAGCAAAAAAAGCAAACAUUUCAGCAAUAACAGAUUCGUUAAUAAAUGAACAGAUUAAACAUAGAAAAACAGCAUGUAUUCACCAACAAAAGAAUAAAAAUUCUGUCAAACAACGAAAAACGACAUCAGAAAUAGAAAAAGCAACGAUAGCAAUACAAACCCAUGAUUCUCAUGAUUUUGAAAAAGAUGAGAUACCAUUAUUCAAACGUCUUAAAAUUCGUAAUGAAGAAAUUGUCCCGAAACAAGUUACUGACAGAACUAGUACAUUUUCAAACAAUGAUGAACAGCCAGAUAUUAAUACAAAUUCGAACAGUGAUAACCAUGACGUUGAAGAUACGAAAUCAAAUGGUUUCGAAAUGGUUGGAUGGACUCACGCGACCAGCACAUCAUUGACAAAAACGAAUAUUGAUGAAAUGAUUUCAUACACUGAACAAAAAAAAAUAUUCAUAUCACAAAGCAAUUUGACGAUUGAACAAAUGUUUAAACUUGAAGAAUUUCUAACAAAGUUUCAAAUACCGAAUCCAUUAUCUGAAGUAAUUGACGAUAAAAUAACGCAUUUAAUAACGGAUGAAAUUGUUGAUCAACCAUUAGUUUGCACAUUGACAAAAAAUGUUAUUCAGGCAAUUGUACGACACAUUAACGUUAUUUCUUAUCGAUGGAUUAUCGAAUGUUUAAAACAAGAACGAAUAAUUGAUUGGAAAGAUUUUGAAAUUUACGGUGAUACGUCAAUAUCCCAUCAACACUAUGGACCGCGUACAUCUAGAACAAAUCAAUUGCAAAAUAAACGAUUAUUUCCAUCGAAUUUUUUUGUUAAACUUUGUACUAGUGGCUGUUUGGAAAUGGACUCUGAGGAAUUAGGUGAAUUGGUUUGGUUAUCAGGUGGCAUAUUUUUACAUCAAAGCACAUUUCCUCAUACAGUAUUUGAGCGAUAUUGCAUUGUACUAGUGGACGAUGAAAAUAUAAAAAAUAAACAUGGUUACGAAGAUGGAGUAAGAAAGGGUAUCAAAUUUUUACGCCCAAGAUGGUUGAUUGAUUCCUGUGUUCAACAACGAAUACAAGAUUUUGGAAAAUAUAAUUGUAUACCAACAUUUAAAUGUCAGAAUUUAAGCUGA